CCCACACACCCACACCCACACCCUAAUUAAUCAUAAUACAAUUUUAUUAUCAAAUCCUAUAAUUAAAAAAGCAACAAAAAAAAUUGAACGAAAUCUUUUACUCGGAUGGAAUAAUAAAGCUCCAUUAAUUGCUAAAGAAUUAGAUACUUAUGUUGCUCGUGGUAGUGAAUUACAUAUAUUAACAAAUUCUGAUAUAAUAAUACAAUUUAUAAAUAAAAAAUUAAUUAAGGAAUUAAUAGAACAAAAAAUAUUUUUACAUUAUGGAAGUUUAACAAAUAAAUUUGAUUUAGAAAAAUUAAAUUUAUUUUCAUAUGAUUAUUUUAUAUUAUUAGCAAAUGAAGAAAGUGAACAACAAUAUUUAAUUGAAGAAGCUGAUUCGGAAUGUUUAAUUUGUUUAUUAUAUUUAAAAAAUAUUAUUGAUAAAUCAAAUAAUGAAAAAACAUUUAGUAUAGUAGCAGAAAUGUAUGAUAUACAUAAUUGUCAAUUAGCAAAUGCAACAUGUGCCGAUGAUUUUAUUGUUAGUCCAAAUUUAAUAUCAAAUUAUAUUUCACAAUUAUCUGAAAAUAAAAAUAUUAAAAAAGUUUAUGAUGUUUUAUUAACAGCUGAUGGUCCUGAGAUUUAUUUAUGUUUAGCAUCAAUGUUUGUUCCAUUAGAAACACCAAUUAGUUAUUAUGAAAUUUUACAAGAAACAUUAAAACAUCAAUGUUUACCAAUUGGUUAUAGAUUAAUGAAAUAUUUACAUGAUGAAACAAAAUUUUUUGGAAUUGUUUUAAAUCCAGAUAACCAAGAACAAAUUAGAUUUUCAAAAAAUGAUAAAAUUAUUAUUUUAGCUGAAAACUUUAUAUUAUCUGCUCCUCAUAGUACUCCUAUCUUAAAUACCGAACAGCUAUUAGCGGUAAACCGCAAUAAAUUACAGUAA